AUGCGCAACCUAUGUCGUCCGAAGCAGCUGGAAAUAGAGACGUACUUCAACAGGCUUCAGGGCGUGUACAACACGUACCAGGAACAGCACAACCCUAUCAUGGGCCACUACAGAGCGCUGAGGGAGAAAGACGAUUUCUACCAGAGGGACAUCGCAAGAAAUGACCAAAUGAUUGAGCACGCUGAGGAAAUACUAGCGAAUCUCCAAAACGAGUGGACGAGAACGAUAAAAACGAUGGGGGCUAAGUUGGACCGCAUGGUCAGCCGAAAAGAGGAGCUGGCACGGCGCUAUUGGCAGAUGAAGAAGGAAUCAAAGGCCACCAGUAACAAAGAUAACGACAAGCUAACAGUACUGGUGAAUUCUAGUCAAGAUGCUAUUAAGAGAUUAGAAGAAGUGAAAGAAAAAAUAAAUAAAAUCAACCUGAUGUAUCAAAUAUGCAGCAAGUAUGAGAAUGAAGAAUUGGACGUGCUUGGGAGUUCGAAUGGGCAGUGGAUACCGCAAAGCUACGAAACCCUCGACGAAGCAAUGAUUGAGGAAUGUAAAGAAUAUAUGAAGAUGGGCAAUUUCCUUCUCAAAGUAAACAGAGUCAAAGUGCAAACGAUAUGUCUCAGGGCAGAGAAAGCUAAGCUUGCGAAGGAAAAUGUUCAGCUGAAGCACUACAUCAAGAAGUAUCUAACGGAACUCGCUCUCAAGGACGGGAAGGACCGACCAAUGAGCUUGAAACCACCUCGGAUGCAAUACAUCGACGACGACGUCAAAAUGCAUCGUCCAGUAACUUGCAUAGAAGGAGCACUUUCAAAUGCUGUCAUGUAUGAGAAGAGAAUGAAGCUUCAAGAAAGAAGAGAUAAAGAAACAGGUGGCAUUCGUUCAUAUCCAAGAAUAAACUGCUGG